AUGCAGAUCAGGAAAGAAGCCCUACUCAACAGCAGCAAGAUGAGCGAGCCUCCGGUAAUUGAAGUGCGUAAUUCGCAAGAACAGAAAUCCGCUAUUACAGAUAUAGCUGAGCCCAAGCCGACCUUAUCGAAGAAACCAGACUCCCCGUACGCAAAGAUCCCAGAUGCACAAAGUCCCAAUGCUACUCACCCGAAUGCGACAGUGCAAGAAUUCGAUCGGGGCUCAGACGGCUUCAAUGCGUCGAUUAUUGGCAACAUAGAAUUAUUGAUGGAAGUCAUCUAUCCGCAAGCUCUGACGACAGCAGUUGCCGCUCGCCUCUCAAAUGCCUUCAUGGUCGGCAUGAUCAUUGGCCUGCUGUCAUUUGGCUACAUCUGGGACAAGCUAGGUCGCAAAACAGGCGCUGUGCUUACCACCACGAUUCUGGUCCUCGGCAUCGCUCUCAGUGCAGGCGCCAGUGGCCUCACUGACGACGGCAUGUUUUGGAUGUUGAUCAUUGCUAGAGGCAUUGCAGGCGUCGGUUCAGGAGGAGAGUAUCUAGUCGCUGGCGCUGGGGCUGCAGAAGCAACUGACGAAGCUCCGGCUGUUCGCAAGCGUAGAGGCUUCAUUUUUGCUAUGAUUGGGGAUCUUUCAGCAUCUCUGGUAUUUGCUUUUGGCGCACUUGUGCCAUUGAUCCUACUACUGUGCUUUCACCAACAAGGGAGACACUAUGAGGCCGUGUGGCGGGUCUCCCUCGCAAUGGGUGCGAUCGCGCCUCUUUCAAUCUUUUGGUUUCGCUACCAGAUGGUCGUGAGCUCUGCAUAUCGAAAGAGCUCAAUGAAGAAGCAGCCAAUACCGUAUUUGCUCGCCGUCAAAAAAUACUGGAGGUCAUUGCUCGGAGUGUGCGGUUCAUCAUCAAGGCAGAUAUCUCGGGCUGAUCAAAAUUGGCCCAUUAGCUACAACUACAUCUCCUAUCCCUUUGGGCUCUUUUCUUCAACUAUUGUGGGCAGAGUGAACCCUUCAUCGUCUCUUGCCCUCACUAUGGCGUGGGGGACAUUGAUCAAUUGCAUCUAUAUCCCGGGAGCAUUUAUUGGCGGUCUGUUGUCCGAUCGCAUUGGUCGUAGGCGCACCAUGGCACUUGGCUUCUCCCUGCAAGCCAUUCUUGGUUUCAUUCUGGGUGGCGCCCUGGGGCCAAUUCAAACCAAGCUGCCUCUAUUCAUUGUCCUGGAUGGAAUCUGUCUUACUCUUGCCAGCGAGAGCUUCCCCACGGCUCUGCGUGGCCACGGAGUUGGUCUGGCAGCCGCUUGGAGCAAAGCCAGUGCUGCUAUUGGGACGCAGGUAUUCAAGCCUAUUCUAGCCAGCUGGGGGGAUGAUGAGCUCCACGGUACCCAGACAGUGUUCCUGGUUGGAUCUGGAUUUGCCGUUUUGGGGUCUCUUCUUGCAUGGUUUGUGCUCGAGGAUAGUGAUCGGUUCCUGGAUCAUGGCGACCAGGAUUGGAAGGACUACCUAACAGCCAACGGAUAUACGAACAUUGAGUGGGGUAUCCAGGAUGGGCCACCCAUGGUUGAUAACAAGGCCAUUGAAUAA